AUGCAAAGAAACGGCACCUACGGCCUGGCUCAAGCUGGGGACUUCGACGGCACCCGCUUUCGUGGUCUUGCUCCAAGUCUUCUGCCGGGCGGUGUAUCUGAUCCUAAUGGUGAGCGCCGGCUUGUCUUCGUGGGAGACAUCCAUGGCUGCAAGGGGGAGCUAUCGGCUCUGUUGAGGGCAGUCGGCUUCGAUACACGAAGAGACCAUCUCAUCGCUACCGGUGAUGUGGUAUCGAAAGGACCCGACAGCCUCGGCGUGUUGGACUUACUCAUCCAGCUGGGCGCAGAAAGCGUGCGCGGCAACCAUGAGGAUCGUCUGCUCGAAACUUACAAAACCCUGCGGAAGUCUUCAGAGACGCUACCUGACACUGCUUCUCAAGUUGAGUCGGCGGCCACCACAAGUCAUGGCUACCACAAAGACGCAGUUCUACUCAGGCAGAUGAAGCCGGCACAUCUUAAGUACUUGCGUGAAAUGCCGCUGAUGCUGCGCAUACCCUCACUGCCGCAGGUAGCAGCCUCGACCAGCGAAUAUGUCAACCACGCGGUCCUUGUUGCUCACGCUGGCAUAGUACCCCACGUAUCUUUGGAAAGACAAGACCCAUACUUUGUGAUGAAUAUGCGCACAAUCGAUCGCGAGACGCACCUUCCUUGCUCUCAGCCAGUUGAGGGGCCUAAAGAUACAAAGGUUAGAUGGUUCAUACUGUGGGACACGUACCAAACCCGCCUUCUCAAUGCGAACAACAUCAACGUACCACUGGUCGAGCCGAUGGUCGUGGUCUAUGGGCAUGACAGCAAGCAGGGUUUGCAGCUCCAUCAGUGGAGUCGAGGGCUAGACUCAGCUUGUGUGGCUGGAGGGCGGUUGACAGCCAUGGUUUUGGACGCGAAAGGGAAGGAGGACAUGUUUUCCGUACCUUGCCAAGAGUAUAAAGUAUAGAAAUACUGGCCUGCUGUUUGAACGUGUUCUGAGCGAGGCGUUAGUGGUAUACAAUCAUGAGUAUCUUCCACAAAGACUGUAUAUAUAUACAUCGUAGACUUGAAACACGCUAAGAUAGAGGACCUUUAUGCCGCUAUUCUACGACUUCCAGCCAACUCGCUUGGGGCUGCACAGAGUGAAUGUGGCCUUUCGGUGUUUGAAUGAACACAGGUUCCACGGCCGUUGCUCUUGUACGGCAGUAGGCACUCCCGCUUGCUGCAGCCAGGGUGCCGUUUCGCGGCGAGUCUUGUCUUGCCACCAUCGUGCCUUGACUCUAUCAUUCAACCGGAAACUUGAAGAGCCUGCAGGGUAUGCUUACGAACUCGCUGUCACGGCAUAUCGGAGGGGCAGUGCGGUCGCCGCCACAUGUUGGCAGGAGUGACCCAGUUAUGUAUACACUCCUCCCUUACCCAGCUCACUUGCGAGCCGCACCGAG